AUGGAACGAAUCGACGACGACUACCUCUGCGUAAAAGCUCAUGAAAACCACGUGACCAUCGCAAGCCAGACGUUUGCAUUCGAUCAUGUGUUCGGUCCCGAUUCCCAGCACGAAGACAUUUGGCCUUGUGUGAUCCCCUUGAUUGACUCGGUGUUCAAUGGAUACAAUGCGACGAUUAUUGCAUACGGCCAGGCAGGUACUGGAAAAACGUUCACGAUGGGAUGUUCGCAUAGUUCGUUUGUGGCCUCUCCAAAGGAGCGCGGGAUCCUACCUCGCGCUCUUCAUGACGUGUUCUCUCGUAUCGCUGCCAAGGCCUUGGACGUUCAUGGGUAUCACACAAAAGUAACCUUGCGCUUUUUCGAAAUCUACCGAGACGAGGUGUGGGAUUUAUUGUCCCAGGCAGAAGCGUAUAACACGACGUCUCACGCGUUCACAUUGGAAAACGCCAAGCAUAACCGAGCCCAUGAUGCGUGUGAAAUUGAAGUGUACUCUGCUGAUGAGUGCAUUGCAUUACUCGACAAGGGGACAUACUUUCGGACGACAGGAUUGAACAACGAGUCCAGCCGAUCGCACGCCUUCUUUGCGCUGACUAUGCACGAGUACGUCCCAGCCAACUCAAGGCACAUCAAGGACAAACUCGAAGGCUCCGUUGUGGAAUACGACGUGCGCAGCUGCACCUUCAGCUUCGUUGAUUUGGCUGGAUCUCAAGCGCACCUCCAAACCUACGUGCAUGACUACAACUUCCUCGAUUCCGCCAAGGACCUCUCGGUCCUUCGGAAUGUGAUCAACGCGCUGGCAGACGAAGCGGCGCAAGGUCGGGCCCAUAUCCCAUAUCAUGACUCCGCAUUGACAUGCGCACUGCAGGAUGCACUGGGAGGGAAUUGCAUGACCUUGGUAAUCUUUUGUGUGAGUCCCGCGGGCAAGGACAUUGCCGAGACAAAACGUUCGUUGUGCCUCGCAAAUCGAGCGCGUCACAUUCGAAACAAACCCCUGGUCAACCAAGCGGUGAAUGUUUUCGACGGUCUGCGCCAACAGGAACUUGGGAUUGGGCAGGUGGCUUUGGGUGGUCGAGCUGAAGACGCAAAUAUAACACUGAGUGAAAAGAUGACGGUUCAGUGUGGAGGCGAAGAUGUGGACAUGAUUCAAGGGCACAUACGGGCUAUAGAAGCUCUUCAUCAAGCAAAACACGACCGCACCAAUUCGCGCAAUCGGCCUUUGGGGACACUGUCAAGCGCUGAGGGUGGAAUGUGUUCAGGCGAUGUUGGGCAAGAAGACUGGAGAAUUAUGGACGGAGAGGCCGCGGACGCCAAGCUCGACGACGAAUUGCUCAUGCUGAUGAUGGCAAUGGAAAUCAACGUCAACACACAACCACAACUUGCGCCUAGUUGGAUUGCUGUCUCUAUGGACGAUUCUGAAGAUGAAUCAUUGCCAAAUGCGGUCUGUCAAGAUAUGACGCACAAAAGGGCUGCCGGUCAAGGCCAUGCAAUGACGGUUCCAUCUGCCUGCUCCUCAGACUUGCUCCAGCCUGGGUGCCAUCAACUGAACUCGACCUGUGCUACAAGUCUUGGCCGUGUUUGUCCUACCAACAACAGGAGGGCUGCAGAGCAUCCCGUCACGCUGAGCGGGGCUUGGAAGCAAGAGGAGCUACCCGAGGAGCAGACCACACCGCAGAAACAGGCUUCGAAUCGCAUUGAACGUGAACAAGCUCUAACGUUGAACGAGAUUGUACAAACCUUAACCAGCCCCAGGACACUCAACAAGAGAAUGCUUCAAAAACUGCACCGAAAUACAAAGAAGUGCGAGGACAUGCGCGAACUAUUUGAAGCAAUGGCAAGGGCCUUGGACGAAAAUGAGCGCUCCCUUGUUGAAGAGCAAAACAAUCUAUUGGAGAAACUGGACAAGAUGCAGUGUCCAGCAAACGACCCACGGCACAUUCAACUCUUAUUGAAGCUCCAAGUCAAAGACGGCGAGCUGACUGACCUGCGCAAAAAACAGGACGACUUGAAGCGGUUUGAAAACGUCAAACGCAAAAGUGGCAUUUUACUAGCAAAGUACCGGCUGUGCUGCCCCACACUCCCAUGCCUAGAGUAG